CUUGCUACUGCUGACGUUGCCUCGACCAAAGGUCCUGGUCGAACUGUUCACAAGGAUGUCGUCGUCAUCGGGGGAGGAUCUUCUGGAACGUUUGCAGCUGUCAAGCUGCGGAGGAUGGGUAAAAAGGUUGCCCUCAUCGAAAAGGGCGACCUUCUUGGAGGCCAUACUGUGACCUAUCAGGUGCCCGACUCCAACAUCACCAUCAACUAUGGUGUUAGUGGCUACGGCGACGAGCAGGUCACUAGAGACCAGUUUGCCAGCUUCGAUAUACCCAUCAUCAACUUCCCAGUACCCGAGGGUGGCUUUGGGCCUACAAGCUACGUCGACUUCAACAAUGGCCGCACUCUCAAGAACCUCCGCGUCUCGAUGGAUCUGUCAGGAAUUCGAGAGCAGACAGACAAGUACCCAUACCUAUACUACUCGACUCGCCUCCCUGAUCCGGCCCCAAAGGACCUUCUCCUCCCUUUUCGAGACUGGGCCAAGAAGUACAAGUUGGAAGAGACCACCUACAACGUGUUCUCUCACCUUCAGGGCCUGGGAGACCUGCCAAAUCUGGCGACGCUGUACGUUCUCAAGUAUCUCAACAGCGGGUACCUGGAGGUCAUGAGCCCUGAAUCCAAGGGGGCUCUGGUUCCUGUGCGCGGGAACAAUUAUGAGCUCUACGAGAAGUCGCACAAGUACCUUGGAUCUAGUGUGUUUGUGAGCUCUACCGUCUCUGAAGCUCGCCGUGACUCCAAAGGAGUUCGACUUAAGGUCAAGACUCCUGACGGGUUCGUGAACAUCAGAGCAAAGAAACUUCUCAUCACAAUCCCGCCAAUGAAGCGAAACAUGGAACCAUUCGGCUUGAGCGAUAGGGAGGAGGAGCUCUUCUGCAAGUUCACUGCGACGGGAUGGUAUGUCGCCAUAAUUCGAGCUGAAGGCCUUCCUGAGGGCUUUUCGUACCAGAACGCAGAUCCAGAUGCGCCUUGGAAUCUUCCACAACUACCGGCGCUGUUUGAGAUGUCACCCACUCAAGCCACAGACCUCUAUACAGUUCGCUACAGUUCCAACGAAGAAACGCCAGACUCGGCCGUCAAAGAGGAUAUGCUACGCACCUUUGACAGAGUCAGGUUCUCCGUUAUUGGAAACAAGACGGAGAAGCUUCAGCCUGCUGAACUACUGGCGUACUCGAGUCACGCUCCCUUUGAUUUGCAUGUCCCGGUCGAUGAGAUUGCAAACGGCUUUUAUAACAAACUCGACGAUCUCCAAGGAUACAAGAGUACCUGGUACUCUGGAGCCACCUUUGUCUCCCACUCGACUGGUGCUUUGUGGAACUUUACAGAUCAUCUUGUA